UUGAUUCAAGAGAUUUCUGCAAGAACGCGAAAGCCCCUCAAAAGUUCGAGUUCAGGAUUUUCUAUUUCUGAAAUUUCCAUAGACGAGUAAUCUUAUUUUGGUCUUGGUCUUCUUGAGGAUCAAAUCUGAGAUUUCCUCGUUCCAAGUCGGACCAAAAGGCUUUAGGGUUUUGAUAUCUGUUUUCUGCUAAGUUGUUUUUGUCGGUGCUUAUUCCGAAUAGCCCCUUUUUGGUAUUUUGAUCUUGAAUUUGGUUUCAAAUUUGAAGAAACUGACACGGUUUCUUAGCUGUAGGGUUUCGUUGGUAUUUGGUUGCGACGAUGAAUGAUCAAUCCCAAAUUAUGAUGAAUUUGAACCAGAUGAGUCAGCCUCAGAUGAUGAAUCAGGUUCAAAUGAUGAACCAGCCUCAGGUAAUCAACAAGUCUCAGAUUAUAGGUCAGUCUCAGGCGUUGUCUCAGCCUCAGAUGCUGAUCCACCCUCAAGCAUUGAAUCAGCAGCCGCAGCCGCAGCCGCAAACACAAAUGAAACCAUCGCAGAUGUUGAUGAACCAGACCAAACCUCCGAUGAUGAAUCGGGGCUAUAAGGCUUGGUCUCAACAGCCCCCUAUGGACCUUAACAUGAAGUUUCAGAACGCUAUGAAACAAAAUUAUCCCAACCCCAAGUUGGGACGAAGCAAUUGGAAGGGAAAGAAGAUGUCGGACAAGCGCAAGGACAUAAGAAGAAUGGAUAAACCUAACCCAAGUGCCUCAACAAGUCAAUCCAACAGUGCUGGGUAUCAACCACCUACUCUGCAUGAAUUACAGUCUCAAAAUCGUUUAAAAGCCCGAAAGUUUUAUCCCAAGAAGAAAUUUAAUAAUCGAUUUGCCCCUUAUGCCCCGAGAAACACAACAUCGUUUCUUAUUCGUGCUAAGAAGUCAGGAGGCAUUGCUUCACUCGUAUCACCCUGUCCUGUAACCCCAGCUGUUCUUCCGACACCUAUGUUUUCGCCCUCGAGAGAGGUAUUAGGGGAUAUGGCAAAGGAAGAGUGGGGUGUUGAUGGAUAUGGGUCAAUGAAGGGUUUGAUUAGGCUUCGAUCACCAGGGCAUGAUGCAGAUGUUCACGAGGAAGAGGAAGAUGAGGAAGGUGGUGCUGGGUCAAGUGAGAGUGAUGUGGAAGAACAUGUGGAGGUGGAAAGAAGGUUAGACCAUGAUUUGAGUCGGUUUGAGAUGAUAUAUCCAAAUUAUGGAGUUGAGUAUAACAAUGUCUUAGAGAAUAGGGUAGAUGAUCAGGAUUCCCAUAUAGCACAAUUGGAGGAGGAGAAUUUGACAUUGAAGGAGCGUCUUUUCUUAAUGGAGAGAGAAUUAGGUGAUCUGAGGAGGAGGUUACAGUUUCUUGAGAGACAGAACCAAAUUGGGGAUGAUGCCAACGAGGAAGUGGUGGAGAAUGGCUCUGAUAAUGAAAGUGAGGGGGGAUCGGAUGCCCAAGUUGUGGGAACCGAGGAUAACCCAGAGAUGGUUGAUUAUGUGCCAGAGGAUGGGAGGCAUGAAGACGAUGAUGCUAAUGCUAAGGUAAAAGGUGAGAGAGUAUCAGAGACUGAAGGUGUAGGAGAUGUUUGUAUGGAAGAGAUGGUUCCGGAUGAGGUGAUUGCUGGUAACUGUGAGAUGAAGGAUGAUGUGAGAAAUAAGUUUGCAAUUGAUAUGAACUUUGGGAAGGAGGAGCGCAAGGAUGAAGAAGCUAGAGAGUGUUGUGUACCAGAUGAAGUUAUGGCAAAAGAAAAUGUUGUAGACCAAAGAAGGAGUGGUGAACUUGAAGAAGUGGUGGGUGAAAAAGAAGAGUUAAGAGCCCAAGAAACAGUCCAUGGAUGUCUACGGGAUAAAAUCCUUACUGAGAAGAAUGAAUGCAAGGAUGAGUGAGGAUAUUGAGACAUUCAUGGGAACUGAUUGACGUGACUUGUCUGGCCCUCGUUUUUCCCUGGGUUGAGAGACAUUUGACUCGAGGGCCAAGAGCUUAUAAGGCUCUUCUCUCUCUGUCUCUUUUUCUGGGUUGGAUUUUUGAAAGAUGUUAACAGCGGUAGAUAAACUCACAGGUUCUUCACCCAUAAAGGCAUUAGUAGGUCUUGUAUGCGAAAUGUUUCCUUGAUUUGUAUGUAAGUCUAGCGGUCAAGCUGUGUGGAUAACUAGUUUCUAUCUUGUAUUUUGGCUUUCUUGACUAUCUUUGGUAUUCACCAUGUACCUCAAUGCUUUUAGUACCUAUUAGUAUCCGUUAUUUUGACGCAGUGCUUAAGCUUAGUACCUAUUGGUGUCCGUUGUUUUGACGCGGAAGUUUUGCUAAUUUUGUUAUUUGAUAAAGACGAUCUAGCAUGAGUUUUUUUUUUCUUUUCUUUUCUUUUUGUGUUACUCUUUUGAGGGAAAAUCAGUUUUAUUCUAUUGAGCCUACUGCUGAGCCUGUUCUAUGGCUAAUAGCGUGCAUUGGCUACUCUUUUGUUGGGUUGACAUUGUGGAAAUUGUCAUGAUUCGGGUGAGACCUGCAAUAGAUUUCUGAUCGAACACGCUACCUCUACUUUUCCAUUGUCAAACAGGCUUGACACCAGAAUUUGUCGGAUGUGUUGAUAUACAAAAGGGAAUGCAGCUGGUCUUUGAGUCAACCGUUUUAUAGUUGGACAGUAAUUGUGAAGUGACAUCUUGGCUUGUUGGCUUGAGUAAAUGAGUUGGACCUGUUUUUAUUUUAAUAAAUAAAUAAAAAGUGAAAAAAAUUACAAGAUUAACGUCGACCAGAAAAAUCGGUCGUUUAAAGUACUUAUCAAAUUGCAGGUGUUUCCAGAAGGAGUACGCUGUUCUGUUCCCGGGGAUGGAACUUGGCUCUUGAUCUCCCUGCUUUCCUGUAGAACUUGCUAGUCUCCGGGUCUUAAGCAAGUGAGUUGUAUUUUAGUAGUUGACAAUCACCCCGCUACAAUCGCGUCAUCAUUGUCGGUUUUUAUGUUGUUUAAUUGAACUUCGAUUCUUUUACUUAUUAUGAAGCAAUGAAGCAUAUGGUAUA